UCAUUGGUUGGUCUCCUCUCUGGUCUCAUUUACCAUAUCCUUCUUUUUCUCCUCUUCAAUUCUCCUUCACCAAGUCCACGCAUUUCAAAUUUCCCAAUUCCGCAAUGGGUUUGAAGGAUAAUCGCGAUGAGGAGGCCACUCCUCUUGUUCCCCAGUUUCAACAUGCUGACAACAAGCCUAAAACGCCUCCGUUGUUACCGGAGCUGCCGGCGGCUCUCAAGUCUCCGCCGCCCCUGGAAUCUCCUACUGCUAAUGAAUAUGGUUGGACCGCCGACGGCCUUCCCUUUGUACAUGGCAGUGCGUUGGGCGAGCCCAUAGGCCGAGCUCAGUGGAACUCCAGCAUUUGCGCUUGCCUCGGCCGCAACGAUGAGUUUUGCAGCAGCGAUCUUGAAGUUUGCCUUCUUGGGAGCGUGGCUCCAUGUGUGCUCUACGGAAGCAAUGUCGAGCGACUUGGAUCUGCUCCUGGAACAUAUGCCAACCACUGCUUGCCUUAUUCUGGUCUGUAUAUAUUUGGGAAAUCCUUUUUUGGGUGCAAUUGUCUUGCUCCUUGGUUUUCCUAUCCCAGCCGUACUGCCAUUCGUCGCAAGUUCAAUUUAGAGGGAACUUGCGAGGCACUGAAUAGGUCAUGUGGGUGCUGCGGAAGCUUUGUGAUGGACGAAGCGCAGCUGGAACAGUACGAGACAGCGUGUGACUUUGCAACACAUGUGAUCUGUCAUUCGUGUGCUCUUUGCCAAGAAGCUCGGGAGCUGCGUCGCAGGCUGCCUCAUCCGGGCUUCAAUACCAAACCAGUGCUUCUUAUGCUUCCCCCUGUAGAGCAGACCAUGGGGCGUGGGGCUUGAUAUUAUUCUUCCUCAACUUCCCUGUGUUUUGUUCUUCUCUCGUGUUUCUGCGGUCUCCGGGGAAUUUGAUCUCGGAUAACUUUGUUGAGCCUUUUACCUCGUCUCGUGAAUAUGGUCUCAAUACCAACAUAGAUGUCAUGUACUUGGAUAGCGUCUUCGUUGUGCAACACGAGACACCUUUUUUUUUUUUUUUUUUGCGUUUUGCUGUAUUUUGAGAUCGGAGAUAUGUUGGAUAUAUGAUAUAUAUUUGACUGAUAAAUGGAUAUAGACUAUUUU